AAUAAACCGGACGAGGAGCUCUUAGUGUUCGGCUACUCGUGUAAACUUUUCAGGGACAACGAAAAGGCAAUGCUUAUUGACCGCGGCAAACAUUUGAUCCCCUGGAUGGGUGACGACAGCCUUAUGAUUGACAGGUCCGUCUUCGAGCAAACAAUGCUGCCCUCCUCACUUUGCGGAUUUUCACUUGGCCAGGUUUUUACUGACGUUUUUUCUGACUCAUACUUGCAUGCCUUAAAACCCGUGUUUCGCUAAUGAUUUCUGCCUAGUUGUUCUAGCAUUCCCUGCAGGUAGCGUGCGGAGCCGAAGCAGAGGGGAGAGAGACGCGCCCUUGGGAUCUCUCUGUUGUCCCGAUGAGUGUUGUGUAGCUGCGGAGCGCUCGCUCGCAGUAUUAAGGUUCAAAAGUGCCAAAUGUGUGUGGUGUGCCCCGUUGCGGGACCCCGAACAGGUACGACGCCAGGGGCUACCUGAACAACGUCGAAGAGCAUGAACCCAAGCCGGGGGCCGUGGCGGCUUACAUGGCAAGCCUCUCCGAAGAGGAGAGGGCCCUCGAAGAUUUGUGCGAAGAGGAGCGCUUCCUGGCUCUCUUCAGGGACCUGCACGAGGAGUCCAUCCUGCACGAGGAAGAGCUUAAGCGCCUCAACGUGGCACUCAACUCGGAUGGCACCUACAAGGAGACUCCGUUCUCCUACGAUUCAGAAAAUUCGGCCCAGGAGUUGCAAGACUCGCAAGAUGACGCAGAGACCCCCUUCAAGGCACCCAAGGGACUGCACAUUCCACCUUCGGUUCCAACGCCCCCGACCAUGAAGCUGCACGCCAUCAUUGAGAAGACAGCGGUGUUUGUGUCCCAGCACGGGGCCCAGAUGGAGAUCCUGGUGAAGACCAAGCAGUCGUCCAACCCACAGUUUGCCUUCCUGGCCUUCGACCACCCGCUCAACGUCUACUACCGGUUCCUCGUCGAGCAGAUCAAGUGUGGCACUUACAUACCCGUGCAGCAGUCGAGCGGCAACGAAGAUUCUGACGACGAUGACGAUCACUAUCUACACCCGAGCUUGUUUGCGACCUCUUCGCCCUCUCUGCCCACUGCGGUGUCCAAGGUGUUCCUGAUGAAAGAAGGGGAGGACAACGCCUACCUGCAGCUUGUGAAGAAUCUCAAGCCGCAGGUGGACAGUCCCAUUGGAGGGGCGUCGCCGAGUCAGCCCUUGGAUCGGCAGCAGGCCGCGGCACUGGGCUACGCCGACUACGCCGGCUACGAGGGCUAUGGGGCAGUCGAAGACUACUCACAGCCCCCGCCUCCUCCGGGACUGGAGCCCAUCCUGCUGCCCUCCCAGGCGUGCCCCACGGGCUAUGCCAUUCCGCCCCCGCCCGACGUGCAACCCAUCAUCGAUAAGAUGGCCAUGUAUGUGGCCAAGAACGGCGACGACUUUGAGACCAUCGUCAAGAGCAAAGGUGACAAACGGUUUGACUUCCUGCUUCCGGACCACGAGUACCACACCUACUACGUCUACAAGAAGCAGGACUACCUGUCGGAGCGCAUGGAGACGUCGGCAGAGACUGGGACCAAGGCGGCAGCGGCAGCACCUACCCCGGUCCAGGGCGAGACGGAACCCACGAAGGAAAGCUCGGCCUCCCAGCAGCCGGCUUCGCCCGUGGACACUUCCGUCGCCGCCAUGGCUGCGAAGCUGAAGAAGGCUCACAACGGGCUGAGCACCAUGGACGACUCCAGGGGGUCCGGGUCUGACUCGCCCUUCCCUUCGCUGGACAGCAACGACGGAGUGCCCCAGCUGGGACCUACGGAGAGGGCGUACGCCAAAGGUCCCGUGAGCUUCUCGUUGAGGCUUAAAGACUCCGAAGGAAAGGAAAAGAAGCGGGUAACCCUGGGCACCGACGAAUCGGAUUCCGAAGAGCGGGACGGCGGUUCGAGACGCAGUCCCUCGGCGCCGGUUCGGGAGACGCCACCCGCCAGGUCGGCAGAGGGCGGCGAAAGGAGCAGGCACGCGGACUCCUCGGGAACCAAGGACCGGCUAUCUCCGAGCCGGCAGCUUCAGCUGGAGCGCAAGAAGCGGCUGGCCAAGUUCCUCAGCAUGAUCAAGGAGUCCCCGGCGUCGACCGGCGUGGCACCACCCACCGUGCCUCCGGAAGCGGCCAGGGUGUCCAGCACCACCACGUCCGGGGAGGGUCGGUCCAGCAGCAGGCUGAGCGACGUCCAGCGGAGCCCCACGGACUCUCUGCCCGGCUCGCCAACCGCCCCGGCACCGUCCUCGCACAGGGGGCACAGCCGCCACAGUGCCAGGGACAGUGGGGGAAACUCCUCGGACGGCUCGCCGCCGCCCCCGUCGUCGAAGGCGGCCUCCCGCAAGAGCUCCUCCUCGCAUUCCAGACACCGCUCCCGGUCGCCGGGGUCCCGACACCGACACUCGAGGCACCACCGCAAGGCCGCCACCUCCCGGUCACGCUCUAGAGAACGCCGCCACCGCAAGCAUCACCGCAGUCAUCCGCAGGGCACCAAAAGGUCAGGAACAACCAGUCCAUCACCGACAAGGAAAGUUCGGUCCCGGAAAUCUCGGUCGAAGUCACCAUCAAAGAGGAAGUAGAAAACAUCAGGCCCAUAUUUGUACCAUAAUGAUUGCUGUAAAUAAAUUUGUAAUAGUGUAUGUAUCACCAA